AUGGCCAGCGACGACGGCCUUCAAUGCGAUGUCGCGCUCCAUAAGACGCUCCGGCGGCGCGAACUCGAGCGCGAGUGGUACCAAAAGCACCGGUGCGAGCGCCUCCAGAAGCAGCGCGGCUACGACGCCAAGAACCGAGCGAAGCGACUGCAACAGAUGAAAGCGUACCGGCACAAGCACCGCGACCGGCAGCGUGAGUACAAGCAAGAAUGGUACCGCCGAAACCGCGACGCCAUCAAGCAAAAGCGACUCGAGCGCAAAGCGGCCAUCGAAGGACACGACGCCAGCUCGUCCCCGCUGGCACUGCUUUGCCACGCUGCCUUGAUGGCAUGA